AUGCGGGCAUUUUUUUAUAAGACAGCACAAGCUUUAUAUUCUAAUAAGUCUGUGGUUGUUUAUGACUGGUUCACCUCAGAUUGGUUUGAUGAGAAAAUUAGAAAUUUAUUUCCUGUAUUUGCGGAUAUAGAUUUUCAUUUGGAAAAGAUCGAUGUGGAGAAUUUUUCGACCUCUUUUAAAUAUUUAGAAUGGACAAAUCGUUUAGAAGACAUUGUAUACUUUUUCGCGAACACUACUAAAAAUGAUUCAACAUAUUGUUUGGAAGGACUAUUAUUGCUGUCUUCUAUUUUUGAAAGAGCCGUAGGAAAUGUUUAUCUUCUAAGAGGAGUUACUGUUCCGUUUUUGUUAAGAGAUCUAUUAAACACAUCAGAAAUUGCUUCAAUAUUUGGAAAAGUGCCGGUCCUGUUUGCACAGAUACUGUUAGGAACACCUAAAUCUUUAAACUUAAGGAAUUUACUAUGGCAUGGAUUUCCAAAAAAUGAAGAAUUGUAUCCUUGUUAUGUCUCAACUUUAGUUUUACUGUUGAAUUCUUUUGGUUAUAUUUUGUUUCAAAAUAAUAUAUCCAAAGAAAAGAUACCAUCACGACCACAGAUGACCAAUUUGAAAGAAUUUUCGCAUCUUCUUUUAACUCAUAAUAAUCUUCCUGAAAAUCUCAACAUUUCACUAAUUAAGAAAAGAUUACAUGAAAAUCCUUAUUUAGACAAUCAGCUAAAAACUUUUGAUGAAAUUCUUGCACACUACGAAACAAAACAAAAUGGAAGAUUUAUUUUAUUAUUUUUACCUCAGUUUGAACAUUUUAUGCGUAAAUACUUUUGUGACAAAAAUGGUAUGCCUGAUCGUGUAAAAAGUGCUGAAAGCGACGCUUUUUACAUAACGUUAGAUGAUAUUUUUGAAUUCAGAUUGAAAAAUAAUGAUAUAAACGAAAUUUAUACAGAAUUUGAAGAAGAUAUUUUGGUAUUUUAUCAUGAUUUAUUUGCAUUUCAAGAUGGUCCUAGAAUUCGAGAUAAGUUUAGUCAUGGUGAAGUCAAUUUUGAAGAUGUUCCUGAUGAAUUUGUAACUAUUUUAUUUACAUUAUUCGUUUUGAUUUUAUACAACACACAAAUAAAAAGAGAACCGAAUAUUUUGUGUACAGAAUUCAUCCCAAAUUUUAAGAGCUACAAUCCCGUAUUUCAUUCAAAUGCUAUAUUAAAAUGUAACAUUUUAAGUUUAAAACAGCAACUUGAAAUAGUUCCGGAAUAUGAUAACUCUAGUGUCACAAACACAGUAGAUUUUUCAAAUAUAGGAAAUUUAAUCGAACAACUUGAAAACCAUUCAAAAACGAUGUUAAAAAAUUUUAGAUCAGACUUGCAUGAAACAUUCGCUUUUCAAAAAGUACCAUCCUUAAAUCGUCCAAAAAUUGAAGUACAGAUUAUGCAUAUAUUUAACAGAAUUAUUAAAAUUACAACUAAUGUAAAUAAAGGUCUCCGUAAUAAUUUAUCAGCAAAAUUGGAUUUGUUUCUCAAACAACAAUUACAUGCACGGCAAAGAAAAAGCUAUUACCGAAUGCUAACAUUUGUUCCACUUUUAAUUAAAACCUUUAAGUUUAUAAAUUGUAUUAUUACGUUUUAUACUUUGAAAAUUUUCCAGUACGAAGAAAUAGUUGAUGAAAACUUAACUUUAAGGUUCUUUAAAAAAGUACUUCAGUGCAUGGAGAAAUUAGAAUCAAAUAUUAUUUUGGAUAAAAAUCAUUGGGAUAUAAUAAAUGCGUUAAUUGAAGAAAUUAUUGAGAGUAAAAAGUGCAAGCAAAAAAAAACAGAUUUAUAA